AUGCUUCAGUGCCGCAUCUGCUGGGUUGGAUAUGAAGCUUCUGCUGAAGGGCUCGGGAAAAUGAAUCCAAAGGAAUACGCACAUUUCGAAAACGAGAAGUCGAAGCUCGUUCGUUUGCUCGGCAGGGGGCAGCAGCAUCGCGUCGACGCCCGCCGCGCCGACCGCCGGCGCCCGCUCCAGCGCCAGCAGCACCACACCUCCCACACCACCUCCGCCCCGCCGGGUGGCCCGCGCCGCGACGCGUGGGAGUCCGGCGGCCCGGGCCCGGACCUGCGGAGCGGCAGCGUGCGCUCGCCCUGCCCGGGGGCACGCGGCGGGCGACAGCUGUCGCUGGACGGCCGGCGACGGCUUGCGGCUAGGCGUGCGACGGGCGACGGCGCGGCCGCUGGUGUGGUCGCGCCCGCCGCCUCCAACUCGUCGCACGCCGCGCGCCUCGCGGCCGACGCCGAACCCAGCGGCCCCGGGCCCGUCCCGGGCGUCGCGCGCCGAGUGCUGUACGCCGCCAACGUCACCGGCAACCUCGCCAACCUCUACUGCUGCGCGCGCAGCCCCGUCUACGCCACGCUCGACAACGUCACGCUCAGGAAGUUCGUCAACGGGACGAAGAACGCGCAAGUGGUGAAGGGCCGCGGCAAGCUGCAGUGGCAGGAGGCGGAGGUGCAGGGCGUGGAGGCCACGGACAGCGGCGUGGUGUGCUGCGAAGUGCGCGACCAUCUGGACCACGUCAACCAGUCGUGCAGCCCCGUGAAGAUGGAGCGCGGACCAGCUUCCUUCUAUUGGUUCGUGCGCGUCGCUUGGGAAGGAGACGAACUGCCCGUCCCCGAGUGGAGAGACCCUGAUGGCAUUGGGGUAACGGUCGACUCGAGCUCGAAGAAAAGUGAAUCUCAACCGAAGGGUCGCGGCAAACCGGAUGGUGAACGGGCCGUGUUGGUGUAUUGGGAACCGCCUCUGAAGGAAGUGCCAUCUACCAUUCCGGGGGUUGCUCGCCAUUCCACGUUAGUGCUGAAAGUGGCGUCGGGGCGCGCGGAGCCGGGCAACUACACGGUGGAGGUGCGCCUGGGGCGGCAGGCGCCGCAGCGGGUGGCGCUGCGGGCGACGCUGGUGGGCGCG